ACCUCGUGACUGAUCGAUCGAUCGUGCCUGGCCCGUCGCCUGUCGCCGCGACACUAUCACGGCUGAUCACGCAGUUUCAGGGUUUGCGAUAAGGCGGAUGAAGUGUCACUUGGAGACGUCGUCGGCCGAUGCUCCUGGAAUAAGAUCCAUUCGAUCGUCCCCGCGGCACGUUACUUCCAACCACGAAGAUGGGCUCGCUCUUUCGCAGCGAGGAGAUGACUUUGUGUCAGCUCUUCCUUCAGAGCGAGGCCGCGUAUGCCUGCGUGUCCGAGCUCGGCGAGCUCGGCCUGGUGCAGUUUCGCGACUUAAAUCCCGACGUCAAUGCCUUCCAACGGAAGUUCGUCAACGAGGUGCGCCGUUGCGACGAGAUGGAGCGCAAGCUGCGCUACCUGGAGAAGGAGAUCAAGAAGGACGGCAUCCCGAUGUUGGACACCGGUGAAAAUCCGGAGGCGCCGCAGCCGCGGGAGAUGAUCGACCUGGAGGCCACCUUCGAGAAGCUGGAGAACGAGCUGCGGGAAGUGAAUCAGAACGCCGAGGCGCUCAAGCGCAACUUCCUGGAGCUGACCGAGCUCAAGCACAUCUUGCGAAAGACUCAGGUCUUCUUCGACGAGGCUGAGCAUGGAGGUGUCGUGUCGCAGAUGGCAGACCCCAGCCGUGAAGAAGAGCAAGUCACUCUGUUGGGUGAGGAGGGCCUCCGCGCCGGCGGCCAGGCUCUCAAGCUCGGCUUCGUCGCGGGAGUCAUCCUGAGGGAACGCAUCCCCGCGUUCGAGCGCAUGCUGUGGCGUGCGUGCCGUGGAAACGUCUUUCUGCGCCAGGCGGAGAUUGAGACCCCUCUGGAGGAUCCUUCGACGGGGGACCAGGUGUACAAGUCGGUCUUCAUCAUUUUCUUCCAAGGCGAUCAGCUGAAGACUCGCGUGAAGAAGAUCUGUGAGGGCUUCAGGGCGACCUUGUAUCCCUGUCCGGAAGCGCCAGCUGAUCGUAGGGAGAUGGCUAUGGGCGUUAUGACUCGCAUUGAGGAUUUGAACACUGUCUUAGGACAGACGCAAGACCAUCGUCAUCGCGUCCUCGUGGCCGCCGCGAAGAACAUCAAGAACUGGUUCAUCAAGGUCCGCAAGAUCAAGGCAAUCUAUCACACUCUGAAUCUUUUCAACUUGGACGUCACUCAAAAAUGCCUGAUCGCCGAAUGCUGGGUGCCUGUCCUGGACAUCGAGACUAUCCAACUGGCAUUAAGACGUGGGACGGAACGCAGCGGGAGUUCUGUUCCUCCCAUUCUGAACCGCAUGGAAACGUUUGAAGACCCGCCGACGUACAAUCGAACGAACAAGUUCACGAAAGGGUUCCAGGUGUUGAUCGACGCUUACGGGGUCGCAUCUUAUCGCGAGAUGAACCCUUCACCCUACACCAUCAUUACAUUCCCAUUUCUAUUCGCGAUAAUGUUUGGUGACACAGGCCACGGCCUUAUCAUGUUCCUAUUCGGUGGUUGGAUGGUGCUGAAGGAGAAGCCACUAGCGGCUAAGAAGAGCGACAACGAAAUCUGGAAUAUUUUCUUCGGUGGCCGUUACAUCAUCUUUCUUAUGGGCAUAUUCUCCAUGUAUACCGGUCUAAUUUACAAUGACAUAUUCUCCAAGUCGCUCAACAUCUUCGGCUCUAAUUGGAUGAUAAACUACAAUCGGAGUACCGUCCAGCAUAACAAAGAGCUGCAAUUGGAUCCCAAUUCGACAGACUAUGUCGAUUAUCCAUAUCCGUUCGGCAUGGAUCCUGUGUGGCAGCUGGCGGAAAAUAAGAUCAUCUUUCAAAACUCGUACAAGAUGAAGAUCUCCAUCAUCUUCGGGGUGCUGCAUAUGUUGUUCGGCGUGAUGGUAGGAUUGUGGAAUCACAUGUACUUCAAGAAGCGCAUGAACAUUACUUGUGAGUUCGUGCCGCAGAUAAUUUUCCUCAUGGCGCUGUUUCUCUACAUGGUAAUUCUCAUGUUUGCCAAAUGGAUCAAAUACGGCCCGAAAAACUUGCCGAUCGAUGGCCCCGGCUGUGCGCCCUCGGUCCUCAUCACUUUCAUCAAUAUGGUGCUCUUCAAGCCCGCCACCAAAGUCGGCAAUUGCGACCCCUACAUGUAUGGCGGUCAGAGCGGCCUGCAAAAGUUUCUGGUGGUCGUAGCUCUGCUCUGCGUACCGUGGAUGCUGCUGGCGAAACCGAUCUUGAUGAUGCGCAAUCGUAAAAAGCAGCACUACCAGCUCAACAAUCACGGUGCCGAGAACGGCGACGUGGAGGCCAGUAUGGGGACUCUCCAACAGAGCGGGGGUGUUCCACAGAGUGGCGGCGGUCACAAGGAGGAAGAAGAAGACAUGACGGAGGUGUUCAUCCACCAGGGCAUCCACACGAUCGAGUACGUUCUCGGCAGCGUGUCGCAUACCGCUUCCUACUUGCGUCUCUGGGCCUUAUCUCUGGCCCAUGCCCAGUUGUCCGAGGUGCUGUGGAACAUGGUGAUGAGAAACGGUCUGGCGAGAGAGGGAUGGGAUGGCGGCAUUGUCCUAUACCUUAUCUUCGCCUUUUGGGCGGUGCUCACCGUAGGCAUCCUCGUACUCAUGGAAGGUCUUUCGGCGUUCUUGCACACGCUUCGUUUACAUUGGGUGGAAUUUCAGAGCAAAUUCUAUUCUGGUUUGGGCUACAGCUUCCAGCCGUUCUCCUUCGAGAUCAUCCUCGAUGCUGCGCAGGCCACCACCGAGGAUUAAAAUAAUUAAUCAUCGUUAAUUAAUAACUGCUCUUGAUUAUUAUUAGUACGAGCGCGAGGACGACGUGAAUUCGAUAGCUGCUCGAUCGAACAAGUCAGUUAUGAAUAGUUAAUGAGAUGACUCUUAUAAAUAAAAAUGUGUACGUAGAGUAUCGAUUAUAAUAAUCGAUCAAAGUACGGAAAUUAUUUCCUCCUUAUCUUGUGUAAUCUUCUAAUUGUAAACAGAACGUUGAUCGCAAAGCGCAAGAUUCGUAACGCACAAGAUCAUGACAGAGAAAAUAUUCUCGCGAUAUUAUAAAUUUCUUCCUUGGUCGAUUAGAUUACAAUCGAAUUCAAGAUCUAAAGCCCUUUUUCCCUAAAUGAAAUGUUGACUAUAUCUACUCGUCAGUCGUCGUCUAAUAUUAGAAGUUGUGCAAUUUUAAAAACCCUUAUGCAAGAGCAGUGCAUAAUUCUUCAUGCAUACUGUAGAGCCUGUAGAUCUGAAAACAAAUGUAUGUCGCGUCGGCGACCGAUUGAUGUUAUUCCAUAUAUCUGUACGUAAUAAAAAAAAAAUGUGGCAUAUGUUGAAAA